AUGUCCAACAGCAGCUCCAUCAGGCACUUCCUCCUGCUGGCAUUGGCAGACACGUGGCAGCUGCAGCUCCUGCACUUCUGCCUCUUGCUGGGCAUCUCCUUGGCUGCCCUCCUGGGCAACGGCUUCAUCAUCAGCGCCGUGGCCUGCGGCCACCACCUGCACACACCCAUGUUCUUCUUCCUGUUCAACCUGGCCCUCAGCGACCUGGGCAUGAUCUGCACCACUGUCCCCAAAGCCAUGCACAAUUCCCUCUGGGACACCAGAGACAUCUCCUACUCAGGAUGUGCUGCACAGCUCUUUCUGCUUCUCUUCUUCAUUGGAACAGAGCUUUCCCUUCUGACCGUGAUGUGCUACGACCGCUACGUGUCCAUCUGCAAACCCCUGCACUACGGGACCCUCCUGGGCAGCAGAGCUUGUGCCCACAUGGCAGCAGCUGCCUGGGCCAGUGGCUUUCUCAAUGCUGUCAUGCAAACAGCCAAUACGUUUUCCCUGCCCCUGUGCCAUGGCAAUGCCCUGGGCCAGUUCUUCUGUGAGCUGCCCCAGAUCCUAAAGCUCUCAUGCUCACACUCCACCUUCACAAAAAUUUGGAUUUCAUUGCUUGCUGGCUGUUUAGCUUUUGACUGUUUUGUGUUCAUUGUUUUCUCCUAUGUGCAGAUCUUCAGGGCUGUGCUGAGGAUCUCCUCUGCGCAGGGACGGAACAAAGCCUUUUCCACCUGCCUCCCCCACCUCACCGUGAUCUCCCUGUUUGUCAGCACCUCAUUUUUUGCGUGCCUGAAGCCCCCCUCCAUGUCCUCGCCAUCCCUGGAUCUGGCCCUGUCAGUUCUGUACUCGGUGGUGCCUCCAGUCCUGAACCCCCUCAUCUACAGCCUGAGGAACCAGGAGCUCAAGGCUGCAGUGUGGACACUGAUGAAUGGACGAUUUCAGAAACAGUAA